AUGCCGCUCCCUUCGCCACAAGGUGCACCUGUUGUGGUCCUCCUGGGCCCGGUCGGUGUGGGCAAAAGCCUGCUGGCGACCGCCUUGGCUGGGCUUCCCCCGAGCAAUCGCAUCUUCAAAGUGGGCGAUUCUGCGCAAGCUGUGACUUUGGAGGCCGUCUGCCACCGCUGCAGGUGGUUCGGGCGUGCCUCUGAAGAGGAGUUGGUUUUGGUGGAUCCGCCGGGGGUCGGAGAUGGAGAGAAAGACACCACGCGCUUGGCGCAAGUGGUUCGCCUUCUUCGCGACCUUGGUUCUGUGAGCUUGUUUGUUGUGGUGCUGAAUUCGGAGCAGCCUCGCAUCGGCAGCGUGCUGGAGAACUUGCUUCGGCUCAUGGAAGAGUGUUUUGGCCGCCGCUUUUGGCGGCACGUGGCCCUGGUUUUCACGCGCUACUACACGGAUGCUCGCUCCGCCCGCCGGCGUGGCAGCAAGACCAAGGACAUGCUCCGAGAUGAGUUUUCCAUGGCGCUGGCGACGCAAUUCCCCCAUUCUCAGCAGGAGAGAACUUUAGCUGCAGAUCCAUUUCCCAGCUACUUCGUGGAUUCAGAGGCCGCGAUCAACAAUGAACUCCCCGAAGCAGAGCGGGCGGCAGCGCUCAUGGAGUUAGAACGGCUGUCGGUCUUUGCGCGUGCCUCGCCGUGUUUGCCAACCGGCACGGAUGACAACACAUCCGUUGGCUCGUCCACAGCCAGAGGAAGAGAGCCUGACACGGAGCAGGAGUGCUCCGAAGAUCACUUUGCCACUGGAUCAUGGGUUGAAAUUCAUGGCUUGGUUGGCACCCCAUCUCUCAAUGGCAUGCGUGCGCUGGUUGUGGAGUUCCAGUCUCAGAGGCACCGGUACACCGUGGAGCUCUCAAACGGUUCAAGAAAACUGAUCCACGCCAAAAACCUCCAGAGCAUCACUGAGACCAUGACUGAUCCUCCAGAAGCUCCGCAUUUGGCAUCGGGCAUGUAUUGCAGCAUCAGUGGCUUGUCAGGGGCAACCCAUUUGAAUGGGCAGAAGUGCUUGGUGGUUUCAAGGAAAGAUGGACGCUAUGAGGUUCAGCUGUUGGACGGUAGCUUGAAGAGCAUCAAACCAGUGAACUUGACUCCCCUUCCAAAGCCGCCUGUUGGCGAACGUGUGACAGUGAAAAAUGCCAUCGAAGGAGCCAUGGUGCAGCGUGGCCUUGAUUGGAUUUGGAAUGACCAGGAUGGUGGAGACGGUUGUGUUGGUCGCAUUCAAGCUAUUGAAGGCGACUGGGCCUGUGUCCAGUGGAAUAGUGGCCGCGCGAACAAGUACCGAAUCGGUGCUGAUGGCAGCUGCGACUUGAUUUAUGUGGAUGAGUUCAAGCAUGAAAAUGCUUGCAGGAAGGCUCUUCAACGUGGGAAGUCCCACGUGGAACCACGCCACCUGAGCCGCACUUUCGCCUAUCUCCAUGGUACCAGAUGUGCGAAUGUAGAUUUCUUUGAUAUACGAGAUGAGGUUUGUCAGGCUGUUGGCGGGUGCAAACAUGGCCAGCGAGUGCAAGUCAAGGGCAUGCAGGCUGUUGCGAUUGGAGUGGCCACCUUGCCUUCGCCUUUGCCUCAUCUUGCGCAGAAGCUCGAGAUGUUUUUCCAUGUGGAAAGAGCGGAGGGUGCUGGUAUUUUCGAUGAGGCAGAUGGCAUCCAGAUGCGAGUUGUGGGUCGGCAACGAGUCAGGGAGGCUAAGCGCCCCAUUGGGACCAACAACCAGGAGUUGAUGGAAGUUGCCAAGAUGGUGAAGCCAUCUUUCCAGUACAUGUGGGGCCCGAAUUCAUAUCUAGGAAUGACACUGGAGCGCUUUGAUGUCAGGGACGAGGUUUGCGUCAAAGUGGGUGGCUUCAAGCAUGGGCAGCUGGUCAAGGUAGCAGACAAGGUUGCUGUGGUAAUUGGGGUGCGCUUGAUGCGUGGCAUUCCCAAACUCUUUUUCCACCUUGACGGGAAGCCCGGUUCUGGCACCUUUGAUGAUUUGAGUACACAGCAAAUUGUACUGGUUGGAACGCGGAAGGUGGAGGAGACCGCAGAUGACUUCCUGGAAGAGCCGGCGCUAUCGCCUGAAGUCGAAGCACUAGCAGGCAAACUGGAGUGCACCUUCAGUUUCCCGCUUGGAAACCCGUUUUCGAAGCCUGCCCGCUUUGACAUUCGGGACAACGUAUGCAGAGCAGUGGGCGGCUUUUGCCACGGGCAGGUGGUUUCGGAUGGUGAUGGCGACAAGGCUGUUGUUGUGGGCGUCAAAAAAAGUGAUGGACGCCCACGAUUGUUCUUUCGAGCAGAAGGGAACCGGGGUGCAGGCCGUUUCAACCCAUAUCAUUUGUACCGUAAGGAGUUGAGAGUGGUUGGGAAGCAAAAGCUGCAGGAGGUGUCCCCUUCUGAUCCGAUAUUCCACAGGCCGGAGGAAGGAGCAAGGAUGGAGAAGUUGCUCGAAGCCUUGCUGGCUGGUGCGAAAAGGUCGCAGCAAAGAACCCCCCAUUCUCAGCCCAGUGGCUUACCAAGUGAUUUCGAGUUUGACUACAGCUUCCACUACUUGCAGAAGAGUUGUGACCCAGCGUUCUUUGACAUCAGAGAUGAGGUUUGCAUGGCAGUGGGAGGAUACCGACACGGCGAUGUGGUCCAACAUGGUUUUGUUGAUCGCAAAUCAGUAGUGAUUGGUGUCAGGCCAGAUGAUGAAGGAGUUCCACACCUUUGGAUGCACAGAGAUGGUGCUGCGGGUGCAAGUAUUUUCAGAGAGAUGGAGUUGCUUCGCAUGACCUCAACGGUGGUGGGAAGGAAGACAGUGGCUGAGUUUGAAGAGCCUGAGCGAGACUUCAGUCCAGAGUUCAUUGCAGGCUUGCAGUUUACCUUCAACUAUCCAAUGGGAUUGCGCGGUCGAUCACGACCUGGGCUCUUCGAUAUCCGGGACGAAGUGUGCCUUGCGGUUGGUGGCUUCAAACAUGGCGAUCGAAUCAAGUGGGGUCGGACGGAGCUGGCGGUUGUCGGGGUGAUGCUUGAGAAGGGCUUGCCGGAAAUGCAUUUUCAGAUAGUGAAGCCCAAAUCGAGGGUAGGCGCUGGAAUGUUCAGAAAUUUUCACUUGAUGAAGCAGCAUGUGAAACUUGUCGGCUCCCAGACUUUAGAGGAAGUUGUGCUGGAUGAUUCUGACCCGACUGGCAUGUCGCCCACAAGAUGUUCUUCAACUGAUUCAAGUGAGCCAGAAAUGGAUUCGGAGAGCAGCUCAGAGAGUGAAAGCCAGAGGGCGCCGAGCAGGAAGAUGUCAAGGCAGGCCUCAGAAGCAUCAGAAGCUGCACACAAUGGUGGCAAAGAUGGAUCUGCACGGGCACUUGUCCUUCGCUUGUCCCAUUCCAACAGCCAAGUGAAAAAUGUCUUGCUGACGUCAAAGGAGCUGGAUGAUUGCCGAAGAGACGUGGCCGAGGAUGGCUGUGAGGUGACUCCAGAAUGGGCAAAUGGAGCCAUUUUGCUUGUUCCCUUGACGCAGGAGCAGGCAAGACAAGCUCGCUUGGAGCUUCGUUCGCACCACGUGGUCAUCUUCCCCGGAGACAAGGGUCGCUUGCUUAACGCUUUAGGAGCCCUUCCGUGCAGGCAGCGGCCCAGAAUUCGUGGUGACGAAGAGUAUGAUCUUGCGGCCUCAGCGGCCCGUGAGGCUACUGAAGAUGUCCAAGCACAUAUGGCAGAGGGCUUGGAGGAAGGUUUGGUCCUUCGCGUGGAUCGCACAUUCUGGACGUUUGUGGCCCCAGCGUCUGAGUUCUCAGUUAAUGAGUCGGCGCCUUGCGGGGACGGCGAAAGUCGGCAGCCCCGCAACCCGCGCCAAGUUGCAUGA